AUGGAUCAAGAAGUAGUGAAUAGUUUAGGAAAGUUGAAGCUUACAAAAGAAGAAGAAGAAGAUAUUGUUCUUGCCGAUAGUAACGGCUCUGAAAUUUUUGAAGAAUGCUCUUUGAGCUUAUUUGGGCGAUUACUUUCAGAUCGUCAUCAAAAUCUAAGAGCUUUAAAGAACACUUUAAAGGCAGCAUGGAAGAUGGGUUCUGAUUUGAGAAUUGUGGAAGUGGGGAAUAACAUUUUGCAAUUUAAAUUUGGUUCAAGAUGCCAGUUAGAGUGGGUUGAAAAAAGUGGCCCUUGGAAUUUUGACAACAACCUUCUCCUUCUUUGUCGGUGGAGGAAAGGCUUAACAUCAAAAAAUAUUAGAUUUUCCCAUUCUCCUUUCUGGGUGCAGAUUUGGGGGCUGCCAUUUGAGAAUAUGACUGAAGCUAUUGGGAAGGAUAUUGGUAGCAAGAUCGGAAGGGUGUUAGAAGUUGACAAGAGGGCUAUGCUAGCAGAUCAAGCUAAAUUUUUAAGAAUUAGAGUUGAAGUGCAGAUUGAUAAGCCUCUCCGUAGAGGGGGGGGUAUAUUAAGAAUGAUGAAGGUGGAAGAUUUUGGGUUGAUUUUAGGAAGGCAAUAUGGUGAAUGGUUGAAAGUUGGUGGAGUUCUAAAAGUUGGAGGUGAAGAGGAAAAGCUGAAGGAGCAACCUGUGACUGAAAAAGGAUGCUCGGCCUCUAUGGUGGUGAACGGUGGAACUAAUGAAGAGGGUGUGGCUGGCAGCCGGAGAUUGCCUGAGCUGGUAGUUGGCGGUAGAACUGAGAAAGAGGAUGGUACAGUGAUCAUGGAAGAGGCAGCUCCCUUGGACAUGGCGAAGAGUCCUGUCACGUCUAAUCAUGGGGAACAAGGAGAGCAGGUCAACUGGAAAAAGGGAGUGCCAGAAGCUUCGGACAAUGAGCUGGAGCGGGCUGCACAUGAAGGACUGAACGGCAUUAGAACUAAUUUGGUCAAGAAUGAAAGGAAUGGGACUGAGUCUAGUCGGCAAGGAGUUAGUAAGGUGUAUGGGCCGGUUUUGAGUGAGGUUGGAAAGUUAAGCCCAUUAAGAAUAAAAGAAACAGAGGGCUUAAGUGGGGAGAAAAGGGAUGGGCCAGUUUUAAAAGAAAUUAAAGGUUUUAAGCCCAAACGUUUAUGUAAAGGGGAACAGGAAGGGGGUGUUAUUUUAUUUGCUGAAACGGCGGUGACUGCAGAGCAGCACCACCUAGACAAAUGA